AUGGCUUUCACCCAAUUGAAGACCCUCUUGUUCACUUUGCUGUGCGUCAUUUCGGUGAGCACAGCUUGCGCUCAGGAGGAGCCCUGCAACGAAACGGACUAUGUCGCCCGGAACCUACAGACCGUCCAGAAGAUUUACAACCUUACCGUCUACCCCAAGAACCUUCCGAUCCAAAAGAAUGGUUCUUCCGCAGUUCCUCCAGGGUUGUUCAACCAAGACGCAACUGGCCGAGUGUCUCCGAUAGGCAACUUCUCCGGCUUCGCCGACUCGAUCGAAUACUUCUUCGCCCUUGCGCCCUCACCGGAGAACUUCAAUGGCUUGGCGUUCUAUGCCGCAGACGUCGUCGAGUUCACGUCAGGAUGUCCAGAGGUUGCCAGCUCGGUGGUCUACCUGAGAACCCACACACUUGAUCCGAAAACGGGAAAGGUCGACGAGUCGAAGAAGAGUUCUACACUCGCGCAGGUAGCCUUCUGGCGUUUCAACGAGAAGGGAGAGGUCAUAAAGUACCACGCUUGGAUUCCCCAGCUACAGCUGUGGCUGCAGGCAGCCACCGGUAUCGACUUCAAGAAUACCCUCAUUCAGAAAGCAGUCAGCACAGUCCUCUGUCCCCAGAUCCAAGCUCAUUGCAAAGGUAAAGACCAGCAAUACACCGAUGCUGCGACUUGUGCUGCUUUCUUGAACCUGAAGCCUUUCGGGUCGUUCGACGAAGUAUGGGGCGAUAAUGUUGUCUGCAGGCAGAUCCACCUGCUUCUCACGGGUGUGAGGCCUGACAUUCACUGCCCGCAUGUUGGACCCAAGGGCGGAAGCGAAGCUGCUGGCUUCAAGUGCGUCGAUCCCGAGUACAGCAUAGAUUACUUCGACGAUACGAAAGUGUUCGGUGCGCCGGAGGGAAGCGUGUUCACUUGCGGAGCGCCUUUGUUGGACCAAUUCCCGGUGCAGGUUUGA